CCGGCGCCUUGGUUGCCCAUAGGUAACCUUCUGUCCUCCUUCUUCCCUUCUUUGGCAGUGUAGACGAUGCCAGCUAUCAAUAUCGAGGACCUGAGCGAGAAGGACAAACUGAAAAUGGAAGUGGAGCAGCUCCGCAAAGAAGUGAAGCUGGACAGGCAGCCGGUGUCCAAGUGCUCCGAAGAGAUCAAAAACUACAUCGAGGAGCGGUCGGGCGAGGACCCGCUGGUGAAGGGGGUUCCCGAGGACAAGAACCCCUUUAAGGAGAAGGGAGGCUGCGUCAUCGCUUAGAAGAAGGCAGCCAGUGCCUGCCACCGGAGCAGACAGUUGUACCCUUAUUUAGGGAUUCGGUAGCGUGUCCCCGCUGCCGGACGGUCCUUGUUGAACGGCCACGGCAGCGGAUUUCUGUCCUUUGUUGUUGUUGCUGUUAUGGUUUUAUUCUUAAAAAAACAAAACCAAACAUACCAUCCCCAAAGCAGCCGGGACCCGCGUGGCUCGCUCGGCAGGGAUGGCUCA